CGAGGUUGGUACACUCGUUUUUGUGUAAGGAGUUGAUGACAAGCAAGAGACAUGAGAAGUGGUUCACUUUCGCUAGGAGACCUCUGCGUUUUGGAUUGCAAGAGUAUCAUGCUGUCACUGGUCUGAAAGUGAAGCGAGAGAAUAACAGUGGGCUAGUGACAUGGAAAGACGAUAAUGGUUUUUGGAGCAAGCAGAUAAAGACAAAUGGAAAAAUAAAUUUGCAGAUCAUAAAAAAGAAGCAUUUGGAAGAGAGCAAUACCUGGACUUGGGUUGAUAGGGUGAGACUGAUAUAUCUUUGCGUUAUUAUGGGUGUGGUGAUGGGAAAGGAUGAGAAGGUGAAUAUCCCGCAUCUGUACAUGAAGUUGGCGAUGGAUUUGGAGAAGCUUCGGAAUUAUCCAUGGGGUCUGUAUUCGUUUGAUUUCCUUCUGAAGCAAAUUGAUAAAACAAGGCAUAAAUUAGAGCAGAAAGAGGGGUAUCUGAUGGAAGGAUUCUUGUUUGGUUUCCAAAUUUGGAUAAUGGAAGCUGUUCCUGCUUUAGGAGAGAUUUGUGGCACAAAAGUCAGUAAAGAUUUUACAGGUCCACUGUGUGGUAAUUGGAGAGGAUGUGCAAAAUGUUCUUAUGAAGAUAUCAUUGGCGUUGAGAACUUAUUCCCAGAAAACGGAAUUUUGCAUUCAUUCAUGGAAUCCCACAUAGAUGGAGUGGUCCUUUUGGCAACUGAUUUUGUACAGAAGGAUGAGAAGAAAGAUGAAAGAGUAGAUCGUAUUUUAGAUAUGAUCAAUAGUAAACAUGAUUGGAACAAUCAUGUUUGGGGAGUAAAAGAAGGUACGAACUCUGAAUUUGAGGAAUCUGGCGAAGAGAAAGGAGAGGAUCAAACAGCUGAUACUGAGAGAGGUGAAAAUAGUCAUGUUGCAGGGAAUGUUGAUGGCACAGCUGAUGUUUCGGGAAGAAACAAGAGAAAGCAUGCAGACCGAGGAGCAGAGUCAAGGAAAAAGAAUGUUUUGUGCCACCUAGCUGCUUCAUCAAAAGGAAAUAUUGACACAGAUAUGAAAAAUUUCUUGGAGGAUCUGGUACAAGCUUCUUUUACUGCUUUUGGGGAGAAAUUCUGUCAGCAGUUCUCGGACAGGUUGGGUAAGAUUGAGACUGAGGUUACACAACUCAGGACAGCUUCAGAGAGAACUGAGCAAUUUGAGACCGUUGUAACCGACAGAUUGGGGAAAAUUGAGGCUGAGGUUACACAGCUCAGGACAAGUUUAGUGGUGACUGAAUUGGUGGGAAAGAGUGAUCAAGCAAGCGGUCCUAGCUUGACCAAAAUCAACAGUGGUCCUAGCACCAGCAAAAAAGGAACUGCUCCAACAAAGAAAAAGGCUGUAAAAAACCAAGAGUUAAAGACUGCUGAUUCGUGUGUCAAUUUACCUCGUGCAAAAGUUACUCAAUCAUCAGCUAGUGAUCUUCGUAUGGGUACACAAGAGUUUUUGGAAAGUUGCAUGAAGAACCUUCCAUUAGACACAUUUGUGAAAGGUUUGAAUCCUUCUCAAGCUAAAGUCGAAGAUUCAUUGGAUUGGUUGGAACUUCCUAAAUCAUUGAAGAAGCCAACAGAUUCAUUGGAACUUCAAAAAUCAUUGAAGAAGCCAGCGGUCCGAUUAGAUGACCGAGAUAUAGAGCUAGACGGCGAAAAUUUCCCUGAUCGCUGCUUGGUGUUUGUGCAUCCUACAGAUUUUAAGAAGAUGCAGGACUGGCAAGAUACACGAACAGCUAUACAGAUUGGUCCUUCUAUGUUAGACGGUGAUCUAGCCGGACGUAUUAUGUCUGCCAGCAGUUGGCUUAAAAACUACGAAAUUGAUGCUAUAAUGUAUGUUUUCCGGGAAAGAACAACAUUGAAACGAUGGAACGUAGAUCGUGUUGCUUUCAUGACAUGCGUCUUCAGCGACCUCAUUGCUAAGGAUUACCAGAAUUUCUGUAAGGGAAUUAAAAAAUACACUAUGGAUCCAUUACUACUGCAAUACGGUAAAGGUGAACUGCCUUCCCAUGGAAGAACACAAAUGUUGUGGAAUGUCGAUGUGGAUCGGAUGUACGUUCCUGUCUGGGUCAAUUGCAACCAUUGGAUUGCUUUAUGCAUCAGUUUUGUGACUAGGAAUAUCCAGGUGUUUGACUGCGGGGGUAAAAAAAAAAUCAAGGAAGUGGAAGCUUUCGCGCAGCUUAUUCCUCGGAUUGUCAAGGCCGUGCAGUCAUUGACAAUACAGAAGCAUCUCCACAUCACUCCGUACAAUGUUUCCUAUGUACCUAUGAGUGGUCUUAACCGACUUCAAUGUCAUUGUGGUGUGUACACUAUAAAACACAUCGAAUGCCACGUGCUUGGGUUGGACAUCUGCAGGAUUGUUUGUCCUAAUGUCAUACCUGUAUCCAUGAAAUUGACAUCUAGCCCACUUUCUGACAUCUGCUUCCAUAAGAUACGUUCCAAUUGCUGGACUGAUAUUGCAAACAUGAGCAAACGUCUUCUUGAAAUCAACCACUCUAUAAGCCUUUGAAGCCUUAGAAAUCAACCCAGCUAAUCCCUUCCCCUUGAAAUAUGAUAUCACGUUAUUCAACAAAUGAUGAAUACAGAUACCGUGUCUCGCUAGGGGAUACACUUUCUCCACUGCCUUCGCUAUUGACACUUGUCUAUCCGAAAUAAAAGCCAAACCAUUAUCAUCAGCAACAACAACUUUUAAUUCUCUCAUAAACCAUUCCCAAGACUGCUCAUUCUCAGAGUCUACUAUCCCAAAUGCAAUAGGAUAUAAAUUUGAAUUUCCAUCUAUAGCAGUUGCAACCAGUAGCACCCCUUUGAAUUUACUCUUCAAGAAUGUUCCAUCGACAACAAUGACACGCCUCAUGACUGUGUUAAAGCCUCUGAUCGAUUGACCAAACGCUAUAAACAGAUAUCGAAAUCUACCAUCGACGUCAGUCUUGUAAGAGGAAUGUGUACCCGGAUUGGCCUCUCGCAGCAUGUGCAAAUAUUUUGGUAUUUUCCCAUAACUUUCCUCUGGAAUACCUCUAACAGCGUUGACUGCAUAUUCACGGGAAUCCCAUGCUAAAGAUUCAGAGAUCUCACAUCCAUAAUCAUUGCGCAUAAUCUGAACAAUAUCUUUCGCUUUAGGCCCUUCCUUGAUACCUUCAUAUUUAUGCAUUAUCAGAUUGCCUAUCGUUUUCGCUGAAGCUGUCCUUCCGGCACUGGUUUUGUUUGAAGGUGCGCAGGAAUGUACACCGACAUACUUCUUAAUAAUAAAAUAUGUGGAGCCCUUCAAACACUCAGCUCGAGCACCCCAAAAGCACACCUUAUCAGCGCAUCUAAUACACCAAACUGAUUUAUUGGAGUUGGUAACUGUGUAGUGAAAGUUAUACAACCAAUUCCCAAACACCACAUGAAGCAUAGACAUGAAUCAUGGUAGAAAUAAUGUGAAAAUUUUGUGAAAAUUUUGUGAACAAUCAAUGGAAUAUAGAAGACGGCUAAGAAGGUUGCCAAGGUAUUUUUUGUCGUUUUUUUUUUGUUCUUUUUCGUUUUUUUUUUUUUUUUU